GCACCGACCGAAACACAAAAGGGUUUCAAAGCAAAGCAGCGGUCGACCUUCAGUGCACGGGAAAGCAUCGUCCCUUCAGAGUCUCGUUGAUUUGCACUGGAACAGGCUGAAAAACAGUGGAAAUAAGCUGAUAGUGCCAGUAUUGAGUGGGGCACCGAAAAGUCGUGUUUAUCUCAAAAAAAGACUGGCUUAUUAGAUACGGUGUCAGUUAUUUCGUUUGUGCAACGCCAAUUGCUUCGGAACAAUGGGUGAAAUCAGCGAUUGGCGUCCAUUUGUUUACGGCGGUGUUGCAUCGAUAACCGCAGAGUUUGGAACGUUCCCCAUCGAUACAACCAAGACGCGACUGCAAGUUCAAGGUCAGAAAAUUGACCAAUCUUUUGCGGAGCUCAAAUACCGAGGCAUGACGGAUGCAUUCGUGAAGAUUUCCAAACAGGAAGGGAUGAAGGCGCUGUACUCGGGCAUUUGGCCGGCCGUUUUGCGACAGGCGACGUACGGAACGAUCAAAUUCGGCACUUACUACACGCUGAAAAAGAUUGCCACCGAGAAGGGUUGGCUACUGGAUAAGUCCGGCAACGAGAAUGUCUGGUGCAACGCUGCUUGUGCGACGGUGGCAGGAGCCGUUUCCAGUGCCAUUGCCAACCCGACGGAUGUGCUGAAGGUACGGAUGCAGGUGCACGGGAAGGGAACAAAUAACGCCGGUCUGGCGAGGUGCUUCAAGGAGAUUUAUGUGCACGAGGGCGUGCGAGGGUUGUGGCGGGGGGUUGGCCCGACGGCACAACGAGCGGCUGUGAUAGCGGCAGUAGAACUGCCAGUUUACGACUUUUGUAAACUGCACUUGAUGGAGACCUUUGGCGAUCAGGUGGCUAAUCAUUUUAUAUCUAGUUUUAUUGCGAGCUUAGGAAGUGCCAUUGCUUCGACUCCGAUUGAUGUGAUUAGGACUCGUCUUAUGAAUCAACGGCGUGUUCAGCUGCAGGUACAAAAUCUAGGACCCGGAGGUGGAAGCGGUGUCGGUGGCGGAGGUGGUCCCGGUGUUGCUGGUACUGCUGCUGCGAUCGCAUCUCCCAGCCGCAGAAUCUAUACCGGCAGCGUAGACUGUGCUAUUCAAACUGUUCGGAACGAAGGUUUUCGGGCACUGUACAAGGGUUUUAUACCGACGUGGGUGCGAAUGGGUCCCUGGAACAUUAUCUUCUUCAUCACCUACGAGCAGCUAAAACGACUUUACUAGAACGGAAUGGCGGGGUUAUUUUUAAGUAGAAAAAUUGAAUCUUCAUUGAAAGUGAAGCAUUUAGGGUUGACAUCUUGGUGCUCCCUGGGAGCGGAAACGGGGGAAAAUGUCUGUCAUCCAUCAGCAUUAUCAUUAUUUAAAUGCAUUUGCGUCUAUCGCUUUCACUUUGUACCAAAGUUAAUUUUAGUCGAUGCAUUUCCGGAUUUUUUUUACCCGAUUGAUUUCCGUAGCAGCCGAGAUUGUAUACUGUUAAUUUUAAUUCACCUUAUUGGUCUGAUAGUACAAGUAGUUUGUAUCAAAACUCACUCAUUAAAACUCACUAUGCUUUUAGUAGAAAACAGAGACGCAAAACCUAACCGAUACUGCAGUUCCCAAAAUUGAAUCAGACUCGGUCCGCAAAACGUGAUUGUUUGCCUUAGUGAAGAAUGUCGCCAUUGGAGGGAACGUGAAACUUAGUAGCAAAUCCAAACUAAUUGUUGUAAAACUGUGAAUAAAGGAUCGCGAUUUCAUGUUUC